AUGGUAGUAGGAUUUUCUUGUGGUUUGAUCAGUGGCAUCCCUUUGGUUAUUUGCUUGAUAACUUUGGCCACCGUGGUAUAUGAUGCUGGUUUUCCUGUUGGGGCUAAGCUGUCCACCAUUAUUAGAAAUGGUUCUUGGUUUUGGCCUUGCGCUCAUUUGGAUACUAUAGUUGCAAUUCAAAGUAAACUUGCUGAUGUGACUAUUGGGAAUACAGAUCUGCUGGUUUGGAAGUCCAGUAAUGGUAUUUAUUCCUGUUCUGCUACUUGGGAGUUAUUGAGAGAGAAAUGCCCUACUGUGGUAUGGUGGAAGAUUGUUUGGUUCUCCAUGUCUAUACCUAAACACUCCUUCAUUCUUUGGUUGGUUUUCCGAGAAGCUCUUGUUACUAAACUACGGAUGUGUAGUUGGGGCUUUACAGGGCCUUCAAAUUGUCUCUUCUGCCAUGGAUGUAUUGAGAGCAGAGACCAUCUUUUCUUUCUUUGUGGGUUUAGUCGAAGAAUUUGGUUUGCUCUUAUGAAGGCUUGUGGCUAUUAUGAUCCUCCUUCAGACUGUGAUUCAGUUGUGGUUUGGAGUGCUGCUAGGCUGAAGGGCAAAAGUUUAAAAUCUUGUCUUGCAAAACUUUGUCUUGGAGCUUGUAUCUAUCAUUUGUGA